AUGUUCGUCCGCAAGCUCGUUGCUACGCCCGUGCGCUUGGCCACGCGGUCCAUGGCCCAGUUCGACCGCUCCAAGCCGCACGUGAACAUCGGCACCAUUGGCCACGUGGACCACGGGAAGACGACGCUCACGGCCGCGAUCACCAAAGUCCUUUCGGAAACGGGCGGCGCCGAGUUUACGAGUUACGCGGACAUUGACAAGGCGCCGGAAGAGCGCGCUCGAGGGAUCACGAUCUCGACCGCCCACGUGGAGUACGAGACGGAGAAGCGCCACUACGCGCACGUCGAUUGCCCGGGCCAUGCGGACUACGUCAAGAACAUGAUCACGGGCGCGGCCCAAAUGGACGGAGGGAUCCUGGUUGUGUCCGCGGGAGACGGGCCAAUGCCCCAGACGCGCGAACACAUUCUAUUGGCUCGUCAAGUGGGUGUCCCGGCUCUGGUCGUGUUUAUGAACAAGGUGGAUCAAGUGGACGACGAAGAGCUGCUGGAACUAGUGGAGAUGGAGAUCCGAGAGCUCUUGGAAGCCUACGACUUUCCAGCUGACGAUAUCCCAGUGGUUCAGGGCUCUGCUCUGGCUGCGGUAGAAGGACGGGACCACGCAAUUGGACGCGAUGCCGUUCGCAAGCUGAUGGACGAAGUGGACGCGUACAUUCCGGAUCCCGUGCGAGACUUUGAAAAGCCGUUUCUCAUGCCGGUGGAAGACGUGUUUUCCAUCUCGGGACGCGGAACGGUCGUCUCAGGGCGUGUUGAGCAGGGCGUGAUCAACACGGGCGACGAGGUCGAGCUCGUGGGCCUCAAGCCCAGCUUCAAGGCCACGUGCACGGGCGUUGAGAUGUUUAAAAAGUCGCUCGACCGCGGACAGGCAGGAGACAAUGUGGGUCUGCUGCUGCGAGGCCUCAAGCGAGACGAGGUGCUCCGUGGCCAGGUGCUGUGCAAGCCGGGCACGAUUGACCCGCACACGAAGUUUGAGGCUGAAGUGUACGUGCUCAAGAAGGAGGAGGGUGGUCGCCACACGCCGUUUUUCAGCAACUACCGACCGCAAUUCUUUUUCCGCACGGCUGACGUGACGGGCGACAUUUUGCUCAAAGCUGGCACGGAGAUGGUCAUGCCGGGCGACAACACGGCCAUCGACAUUGAGCUCAUUUCUCCUAUUGCUCUGGACGCCGGGAUGAAGUUUAGUAUUCGCGAAGGCGGUCGCACCAUUGGGGCUGGUGUUAUUUCCAAGGUCCAGUCGUGA